GAGGAGGGGAAAAAAACCUCAUCUGGGACUAUGUGCAAGACUCAUCCACCAAGGAAACUAUAAAAAACAAUCCUGCCUUAACAUCUGCAUCCACAUCACCUCUCUUCCCAGAUCUUGCUCCCUUUGGAACCGAGGCUUGGUAAGAUGAAAACUCAACUGGAGAAGGCUUUGGAGUGUGUGGUCAACAUCUACCGCCAGUACUGCAUUCUGGACCCGAGUGAUGACUACCUACAGUUCAAAGAGUUCAGGAAUAUGAUGACGGAACAAGCUCAACCUUUCCUGAAGAACACCACACCUCCCAGUCUUGACCAGAAUGCUUACAUCCAGCAGCUAUUUAAAAAAGCAGACAAGGACGACAGCGGAUUCCUCAAAUUCACAGAGUUCUUGCAAGUGCUACAAGCUGCCCUCAUAGGUGCUCACGAAAGAUCCCACAAGCUGCAUGAAGAGGGACAUGGCGAUAACUGAGGUCCACCUGGCAAUGGCCAUGGUCCCAGUUCAUCAACUGACUCAUUCAAUCCUUGAUUGCAGUGCCGAUUGAUUCUAGGCAUGGCUGUAUGACUGCGAAGAUGUCAGGAGAAGGCAUCAAACUCUCUGCCUUUUCAUUGUGGGGUGCAAGAACAAUAAAGUACCUCUUUGAGAACUCUCAAGUA